AUGGAUCGCCGAGUCAAACACACCCGUUCCCUCUCCAAGCUAAUUCGAAGAGUAGCCAGUCUCGGGAAGCCAGACCUCUUCGACAAGGAGAACCGACAGACCGACCCGAGUCCUCCGCCGCCUCUGCCCCCGACACCCCAACGACUACCGUUACAAACACGCCAGCAGCCUUCCGUUCCGAUGGCCGAAGAGGAGGACUUUAGCUCCCUCCCCCUCCAGGACAGAUUUGCCCACAAGGUGUGGAAAGUGCGCAAGCAGGGCUACGAAGAUGCCGCCAAGGCUUUCGCUGCCACCGCCGACGAGUACGACAAUGCCUUCAGACCGUUCCUCUCAGACACCGGCUUGUGGAAGGGCGCCGUAGCAGACUCCAACGUCGCCGCCCAACAAGAAGGUCUCGCCGCAUACUGCGCCUUCCUCAAGUUCGGAGGCAAGGAACACAGCACGAGGACACGCGGUGUGACUGUCGGUCCCAUUUGCGAAAAGGGUCUGCCAUCAACACGUGCCGCCGCUAAAGAGUCUUCACUAGAGGCCCUGCUACUGCUCGUUGAGCUGGAUGUUGCCGCUCCCGUCAUCGAGGAAAUCAUUCCCGCCCUCUCCAACAAGCAGCCCAAGGUUGUCGCCGCCGCAAUCACCGCCCUCACCGCCAUCUACCACAACUAUGGCUGCAAGACUGUCGACCCCAAGCCCGUUCUGAAGCUACUCCCCAAGGCUUUCGGUCAUGCCGACAAGAACGUCCGUGCCGCCGCGACGAACCUCGCCGUCGAGUUCUACCGAUGGCUGCGCGAAGCCAUGAAGCCCAUGUUCUGGGGCGAUCUCAAGCCCACCCAGCAGACCGAUCUCGAGGCACAGUUUGAGAAGAUCAAGGCCGAGCCCGCCCCCAAGCAAGAGCGGUUUUUGCGCUCACAACAAGCCGCCAUGGCGCGCGCGCCGCCUCCUGGUGCUGAGGGAGAAGAGGAGUACGGGGGCGACGAUGUCGAAGAGCCGGCCGAGGUGGACGCGUUUGACCUGGCGGAACCGCAGGACGUUUUUGGCAAGAUUCCAGGCAACUUUUCCGAGGCUCUAGCUUCGUCGAAAUGGAAGGAAAGGAAGGAAGCCUUGGAGGCCCUGUACGCGGCGAUUAAUGUUCCCCGCAUCAAGGACGGCGACUUCAACGAGAUCAACCGCGGCCUCGCCAAGUCUAUGAAGGAUGCAAACGUUGCCGUCGUCACCCAGGCAGCUCAGUGUAUCGAGGUCCUGGCGAAAGGACUGAGGUCGGGAUACGGCAAAUACCGCACAGUCGUUAUGCAGCCCAUCAUGGAGAGGUUGAAGGAAAAGAAGGCCACGGUUUCGGAUGCCCUCGGUGCUGCUCUGGAUCAAGUCUUCCUCGCCACCAGUCUGACCGAUUGUCUCGAGGACAUCGGCACCUACCUCGUCCACAAGAACCCUCAGGUUAAGGAGGGUACCAUGAAGUUCUUGAUUCGCUGCCUCAGAACGACGCGCGACGUUCCCAGCAAACCCGAAAUCGCCUCUAUCGUUGAGUCCGGCAAGAAGCUUUUGUCCGAAUCGAGCGAAGGUCUGCGUUCAGGAGGUGCCGAGAUUCUGGGUACCGUCAUGAAGAUUAUUGGUGAGCGAGCCAUGAACCCGCACAUGGAGGGCCUCGACGACAUCAGAAAGACCAAGGUCAAGGAGUUCUACGAGACCGCCGAAGUCAAGGCCAAGGAGAAGCCCAAGGCGCCUCCACCAGCACCGAAGGCUGCCGCGGGCCCGCCCAAGAGACUCGUUGGAGGCAAGAAGCCCGCUGGCGUCAAGAAACCGGUGAUGCCUGCUGCUGCCCCACCCGCCGAGCCCGAACCGCUUUCUCCUCCGCCAACAUCUCGCCCGAAGCCCGCUAGCAAGCUCGGAAUGGCGAAGCCGUCUGGUCUUGCGGGACUCAAAUCGAAGCGGCCUCUGGGCGCUCCGGCUGCUGCUGCUGCCCCUGCUGCUUCUCCUCGCCGUCCCGUCAUGCCCGAAGACGACGAACCCGCCCCUCCCCCACCUCAACCCCGCAUCGGCCUCGGCCGCGGCGGUCUCGCUGGCCGAUCCCUCGCCAAGCCGGCCGCAGCCCCCGUUCAAAUGCCCCCUGCGUCGCCCCCGCCAUCAAGCGGCCUCACGGCGAUGGAGCGUGCUGAGUUGGAGGAGCUCCGAGCGGCCAACGAGCGCCUGACCCGUCAAGUUGAGGAGAUGCGCCAUGAGAGGAGCAAGCACAUGUCCGAGAUACAGGAACUCAAGAACCAGAACGCCAACCUGAUUGAGGACCACACCCGUGAUGUCCUCAGCAUCAAGGCCAAGGAGACUCAGCUCGUCCGCGCGAGAAGCGAUGCUGAGGCAACGGAGCAGACCAACGACCGCCUGAGACGCGAGCUCGACCGACUUAAGAGGGCGCUCAACCACGCCGAAGGCCUCAACUCAAGACAAGGCAUGGUCAGCCCAGGCAUCACAUCGCCCACUCAUGACGAUGCAGGCAUUUACCGCGACAACUCAUACGGCACAUCAUCCUCUAGACACAACCGCGCUAGUUACGCCAGCAACAUGUCUGAGGAGAAGGAGAAUGGAGACCACCACUACCCGCGCUCAAAGGCUCUCAGCCCCGAGCUCAGGUAUACCGGCAGCGCCUCGUCAGGUCGCGGCAGCCCGGCUAGAGGCUACCGCAGCUCCGGGGCCACUCCUGUUGAUGAAGCACCACCACCGCCGGCACCUCACUACUCUGCGGGUGGCGGUCACGGUUCAAACAACAACAAUGGUGUGGAGAGUUGGAAGCGUGCGGCUGAGGUGACCAGCCAACUCAAAGCGAGGAUCGAACAGAUGAAGGCAAAGCAAGGAUUUGCUCGCCCAUAA